GUUUGGAGAUUUAGUAACCAUGGGAUGGUGGGAUGAUCUUUGGCUCAAUGAAGGGUUUGCUACCUUUGUGGAAUACCUCGGAGCUGAUCAUAAAUUCCCAGAAUGGAAAAUGUUUGACCAGUUUGUGACAGAAGACCUCCAGGUGGCCUUUGAUUACGACGGUCUGGUGACGUCACACCCGAUCUACGUACCUGUCGCCAAUCCCGAGCAAAUUAACGAAAUAUUUGACAAAAUCUCCUACUCUAAGGGUGGCAGUAUAAUCAGGAUGAUGAGGUUUUUCUUAGGAGAGAAGAUAUUUAGAGCAGGAUUAACGGAUUAUCUAAAUAGCAGGAAGUAUGGCAACUCUUUCCAUGAUGAUCUUUGGAACUCCAUGACAAAGCUGGCAAAACAAAAUGGUCACCAACUUGACGUGAAGGUUGUCAUGGACACCUGGACACUACAGAUGAACUACCCUGUGGUCAAGGUGACCAGACUGGACAAUGGCCGCCUGCGCGUAACUCAGAAACGCUUCCUGGCCAACCCAAUGGCCAAAGAUCCCAUGAAAUACAAUUCUACAUUUGGAUACCAAUGGAUGAUACCCUUCACAUACACCACAGAGGCUCAUAAGAAGUUUAAUCAGUCUUACAGUGACUUAGUAUGGGUCAAUGAUGCUACCCAAGAUAUUCCAACAAAUAUCCCAGCAGCAGACUGGAUUCUGGGUAAUGUACAGGCGAUUGGAUAUUACAGGAUGAACUAUGACCUCGACAAUUGGAAUAAAUUGAUUGGUCAAUUGAAGGCAGAUCAUGAGGUAAUUUAUUCGACAAACAGAGCUCAGCUGAUUAAUGAUGCUUGGGCCCUUGCAAAGGCUGGAGAACUGCCAAUGGAGACAGCCCUUCAGACCAUAGAGUACCUGGGGGCUGAAAUGGAUUAUGUCCCCUGGACUGCCGCGGAGAAGGAGCUGUCGUACGUCCGUAAAAUGUUGGUCCGCACCCCUCUGUAUGGGGAGUACAAGAAUUUCAUGGCAUCUCUGUUGAAGAAGCCAUUUGGAAAACUUGGACUGGACAACUCUAAUUCAAACCAUCUAGAAAUCUAUACACGAUCAGAUGUGGCUGACUUGGCCUGUACCUAUGAUGUCCCUGGCUGUAGGACACAGGUGAAGGCCAUCUUUGACAAGUGGAUGUCUAAUCCGACAGUUAACCUUGUGGAUCCGAAUCUGAAGACGAUGGUGUACUGUACAGGGGUCGCCGAGGGGGGAGAGAGUGAGUGGGACUUUGUCCUACAGCAAUACAAGGACUCUACACUGGCCUCAGAGAGCAGUAGAUUUCUGUACGCUAUGUCCUGCUCUAAACAAACAUGGCUGCUGAGCAGGUACCUUGAGUAUGCUCUGGACACAAAUGUGGUUCGCAAACAGGACGCUACCACUGUCAUAACCUACAUCUCGCGGAACACGAUUGGCAAAGGCCUGGUGUGGAACUUCGUGAGACAGAACUGGGACCAACUCAGGAAAGACUAUGGUGGGGGAUCGUUCUCCUUUUCUCGUCUUAUAUCUGGAGUCACAGAGUCAUUUAAUACUGAAUUAGAACUGCAACAGCUGAAGGACUUCAUAAAGGGUAGAGAUCUGGGGUCAGCCACCAGGGCCGGGGAGCAGGCCAUCGAGAAGGUCCAGGCCAGUGUAGAAUGGAUGAAAAAGAACCUCCCCAUCAUACAGAAAUGGCUGGACCGCACGGCCCCCACAAAACAGGUCAACAGAAACGUUCGCCUCCCUCGCUCUGUACUACCGGAACUAUACACCCUAGAACUCUUCCCAGACCUGUAUCAACCCAACCCAAAAAAUUUCACUUUCUCUGGAAAUCUGACGCUCCUCGUCAACGUCACGGCAAGAACCAAGAAUAUCACGUUACACAGUAACAUGAUCACGAUCGAGGAGAGCUCCAUUGAAGUGAAGGCCGUGGGAGGGGGAGGUAACUUGUUCAGCUCGUUGUCUCGUGAGGAGGAACUCAUGUUCUCGAUCUUUAAGCUGAACACCGAGCUGGUACCGGGACGGCAGUAUGAGCUGAGCUUGAAGUUUUCUGGUCCCCUUAAGGAUGACUUGGCUGGUCUCUAUUAUAGCACCUACACCAGCAACAAUCAAACCAAAUUUUUGGCCACAACUCAGAUGGAACCUGUGGAUGCCAGAAAAUCCUUCCCUUGCUUUGACGAACCUGACAUGAAGGCCAUGUUCAAGGUCACCCUGGUGCGACGAAAUGAUUUCAAAUCCUUGUCCAAUAUGCAGAUCCUAGAAUAUAAGAACAAGGAAAAUAACUUUGUGGCAGAUGUGUAUGACACAACUCCUCGAAUGUCCACAUACCUAUUAGCUUUUAUUGUCUGUCAGUUUGAGAAGACCACUACCACCACCAAAAAUGGAAUAAUUUACAGUGCCUGGUCUCUGCCUGAGGCCGUCAAUGAUACAAAGUUUGGUCUGGAUGUCGGAAACAAAACCAUCACUUAUUAUGAAGAGUAUUUCGACAUCCCUUUCCCACUGAAAAAACAAGACAUGAUUGCUAUUCCUGACUUUGCCGCUGGAGCUAUGGAGAACUGGGGCUUAAUUACGUACAGAGAGACCGCCAUGUUGUUUAAACCAGGAGUCUCCUCAGAAGGAAAUAGACAGAGAGUCACCACUGUAAUUACUCAUGAACUGGCCCACCAGUGGUUUGGUAACCUGGUCACUAUGAAGUGGUGGGAUGACCUUUGGCUCAAUGAAGGGUUCGCGACCUUUGUCGAAUAUAUGGGGGCAGAUCAUCUCUUCCCAGAUUGGAAAAUGUGGGAUCAGUUUAUUCUAAGUGAGCUGUAUUCUACAUUCAGCAUUGAUGCCUUUGUUACAUCUCAUCCAAUAUAUGUGCCUAUAAAAACAGUUGAUGAAAUGAAUGCUGUAUUUGAUACAAUAUCAUACUCCAAGGGAGGAAGCAUCAUCAGAAUGAUGAGGUUUUUCUUGGGGGAGGAGAACUUCAGAAAAGGCCUCAAUCUAUAUUUAGAGAGUAGGAAGUAUGGGAACGCCUUCCACGAUGACCUCUGGGAUGCCAUGGAUACGAUUGUUCAGCAGAAAAAUUUACAGUAUCCAACAUCAAUUCGAGCAAUAAUGCACACCUGGAUCAAACAAAUGAACUACCCUGUUGUCACGGUGACAGUCCCACGAGAUGGAGUCGUCAGGGCAACACAGAAUCGGUUCCUAAGAAACCCUGAUGCUAAAGAUCCACUUGUUUACAUUUCUCCAUUUGGCUAUAAAUGGUGGGUGCCAUUGACCUACACGACAAAGACAGAGAAGAAUUUUAAAAAGAACAGCAAUGAUGUGAAAUGGUUCAAUACAACAAGUCAAGAAUUCGCUGACCCUUCUGUGAAGACUUCUGAUUGGAUAAUAGCUAACACAGACCAGUAUGGCGUCUACAGGGUCAAUUAUACCGAGGCAAACUGGAGAGCUCUGAUAGCUCAACUCAAUCAAAAUCAUACUGUCAUAUCCACUAUCAAUCGUGCUCAGAUAAUUAAUGAUGCCUGGAGCUUUGCAAGAUCUAACCAGUUAGAUAUGAGUGUGGCUCUAGAGACAGUAGACUAUCUAUCUAAAGAGAGGGACUACAUUCCCCGUCAGGCGGGGGAGGGACAGCUGGCCUACAUAGACACCAUGCUGUCUCUGACCAAGUACUACGGAGAUUUCAGUAAAAAGAUGCAGAAUCUAGUGAGAGACAUUUACAAUGAGAUUGGUUUGAACAAUACAGGAGCCACACAUUUAGAAUCGUAUAUGAGAUCCAAUGUUGCCAUCACAGCAUGCUCCUAUGACAUCCCCGAGUGUCUGGCUGCAGCUGUAGAACAGUUCAAACAGUGGAUGGACCAGCCCAAUAAUAAUCAAAUUGACCCUGGACUGAAAUACACUGUCUACUGUACAGCCAUUAAAGAGGGUGGACAGAAGGAGUGGGAUUUUGCCUACAAUCAAUACAAAACCUCCCAAGUAGCCUCAGAAAGAGCCAAGAUCCUAGCUGCCCUGUCUUGUACUAAGGUUCCCUGGCUUCUUCAGAGGUUUUUGGAGUAUGCUGUAACUGACGGUGAGGUCAGGAAACAGGACGGUACGAGUGUCAUCUCGUCUGUAGGCAGUACGAUGAUUGGUCGACCCAUAGCCUGGAACUUUAUCAGAUCCCGCUGGGAUUAUAUCAUGAAUGAAUACAGUGAAGGGCAGUGGAAUGCGGGACGCUUUAUUAAAAGUAUUUCUGGAGCAUUUAACACAAAGUACCAGCUACAACAG